AUGUGGCGGCAGCUGGCUCGUGCCCGUGCGCCGCUCCUGCGGGUCCCCUUAUCGGGUUCUUGGGCAGCCUCACCCGCCAGCGCUGGCCUCAAGACGCUGCUACCGGUGCCAACUUUUGAAGAUGUCACCAUUCCUGAGAGGCCUAAGCUUAGAUUUGUUGAAAGGGUCCCACUUGUGCCAAAAGUGAAGAGAGAACCUAAAAAUCUGAAUGACAUACGGGGACCUUCCACCGAAGCCACCGAGUUCACAGAAGGCAAUUUUGCAAUCUUGGCGCUCGGUGGUGGUUACCUCCGGUGGGGCCAUUUUGAAAUGAUGCGCCUGACGAUCAACCGUUCCAUGGACCCCAAGAACAUGUUUGCCAUCUGGCGGGUGCCGGCUCCCUUCAAGGCCAUCACCCGCAAGGGCAUGGGGCAGCGCAUGGGAGGGGGCAAAGGGGCCAUCGAUCACUACGUGACCCCCGUAAAGGCGGGCCGCCUCAUCGUGGAACUGGGUGGGCGCUGUGAAUUCAAGGAAGUCCAAGGCUUCCUCAACAAGGUCGCCCACAAGCUGCCCUUCAAAGCCAAGGCCGUGAGCCGGGAGACGCUGGAAAAGAUGCGGCAAGAGCAAGAGGAGCGGGAGCGUAACAACCAGAAUCCCUGGACCUUCGAGCGCAUCGUCACCGCCAACAUGCUGGGCAUUCGUAAGGUCCUGAGCCCGUAUGACCUGACCCAGAAGGGCCGCUACUGGGGCAAGUUUUACAUGCCACACCGAGUGUAG